AUGCUCGCACGGCGCGGGGCGGCGGGACCCCGGCUCAGCCGAGUGGCCUCUCCAGGCCCGGGGCGGCAGUGCGGGGGCCCGCGGAGCUCCCGUGGGCUGGGGUCCCUGGUUCAGGUGCACCCCGCUCGGCGGACGUGCGCUCUGCGAAGCUGUUGUGAUCAAAACGGCAAACGGGCCCAGGCCUACACCCCCCACCCUUCCCUAGGGCGCCUCCUGAGGCUGGAUGCUGACAAAUAUGAGAAUGAUCCGGAAUUGGAAAAGAUCCGGAGGGAGAGAAACUACUCCUGGAUGGACAUCAUCACCAUAUGCAAAGAUAAGCUUCCCAACUACGAGGAGAAGCUUUGGAAUCAGUGUGCUAACAUCUGCAAAACAGCUGGCCCGGGCCUGUCGACUGCUGGGGAGAGCGCCGUCUUGGGACACUGGGCCUUCCCACCCAUGAGCAUGGAGAUCAAGGUGUUCUACCAGGAGCACCUGCACCUGGACGAGGAGAUCCGCUACAUCCUGGAGGGCAGCGGGUACUUUGACGUCCGGGACAGGGAGGACCAGUGGAUCCGCAUUUCCAUGGAGAAGGGAGACAUGAUCACUCUUCCCGCCGGCAUCUAUCACCGCUUCACGCUGGACGAGAAGAACUACGUGAAGGCCAUGCGGCUGUUUGUGGGAGAACCAGUGUGGACAGCAUACAACCGGCCGGCCGACCAUUUCCCCGCCCGGGAGCAGUACGUGAGGUUCCUGGCCCAGACGGCCUAGCGCACCGCACCCGGAGCAGCUCGCCUGCAGGCUCUGUGCAGCGCCCUGAGAGCCACCUCCUCGCUUUGCUUUCAUGCAGUGGACGGCAGCUGUCCUUCCUUUGCAGACACCUGAUCAGAGUACUUAUAAUGAAUGGAGCUGGGAAUCGAUUUCUCGUGGACAUGAAUGAAGUUGAGAGCCCCCGAUUCCCUCUGAUCGAUCCUGCUAUGUGCAAGAGUCUGGCGGGCAGCGCAGUCAUCCGUGACAGAACACAGGAGUCAGCUCCUGGGGGGUCGCUGCCCCUGGUCAGCUGACACCGGUCAGCCUGAGUGCUGUGCACAGGAGCAGUCCUAGAGACAGGCAGCCGGAGGGAGGCGAGGCGCUGUCCGCCCGGGGCACAUGGGCUGGGAAGAGCUCUGGCUGGUGUGCCUUGGGCUGCCUGUGUCCCCUCCUGUUGGGAAUAAAGUGCCUUGACCUCAUGCAGGGGCUUGGAGUUGCCUCUGAGUGCCUGUGGGUUUGCCUGGCU